CGGUAGCUUUGGGGGCGUGGCGAGAGAGAAACGGAGGAGAAAUCAGCCGAGCUUUCCUGUCGGAGCCUCGGCCGAUCAGCGAGAGCAGAAGGGAGUCUGCGGGUGGCGCCAUGGCGACCACCGUUAGUACACAGCGGGGCCCGGUAUAUAUUGGUGAACUUCCUCAAGAUUUCCUUCGUAUUACCCCAACACAGCAGCAACAGCAAAUCCAAUUAGAUGCUCAAGCAGCUCAACAAUUACAAUAUGGAGGAGCAAUGGGUACUGUUGGGAGACUGAGUAUCACCGUAGUGCAGGCAAAAUUGGCAAAAAACUAUGGCAUGACGCGCAUGGACCCAUACUGCAGAAUACGACUUGGUUAUGCUGUCUAUGAAACUCCCACUGCUCAUAAUGGAGCCAAAAAUCCUCGAUGGAACAAAGUUAUUCAGUGCACUGUCCCUCCUGGGGUAGAUUCUUUCUACCUUGAGAUAUUUGAUGAGAGAGCUUUUUCAAUAGAUGAUCGCAUUGCUUGGACCCAUAUUACUAUUCCUGAGUCACUGAAACAAGGAAAAGUAGAAGAUGAAUGGUAUAGCCUGAGCGGAAGGCAGGGAGAUGACAAAGAAGGAAUGAUUAACCUGGUCAUGUCCUACACGUCUUUACCAGCUGCUAUGAUGAUGCAGCCCCAGCCAGUGGUCCUGAUGCCAACGGUAUAUCAGCAAGGAGUUGGAUAUGUACCUAUUACAGGGAUGCCUGCUGUUUGUAACCCAGGCAUGGUACCUGUGGCAGUUCCACCACCUGCAAUCAACCCCCAACAUGUAUGUAAUGAAGAGGAUCUAAAAUCUAUCCAGGACAUGUUCCCCAACAUGGACAGAGAAGUAAUCCGUUCAGUACUAGAAGCUCAGAGAGGGAACAAGGAUGCCGCUAUCAAUUCCUUGCUUCAAAUUGCAGAAGAGGCUUAGAUCAUUCUCAUACUACCCUUCGUCGUUGUUACCUUUAAUUUUGAUUUGCCAAGCCAGGAAUUUAGUUAGAAAAAAAAUUCCCAAGCCAGCAACCUAUCUGUGAUCCAUUUUUGUCAUGGGUGUUCAUUGGAAUAUUGGUUUUUACAGAUAGCGUUACAGAAAUCUCAGCCAUUUUAUAGCUAUCACUUCUAUCCUGUCCACAUUUCUGAUGAAAGGUAGUGUUGAAAUACCUCUGCCAAUUCCCCUCCCC